GGGAGUUUUGUUGAAGUUGCAAAGUCCUGCAGCCUCCAGAGGGCUGUCGGCGCAGUAGCAGAGAGCAGCAGAGUCCGCGCGCUCCGGAGCCCGGCAGUCGAGCGCGAGGCAGCGCGCGCGCUAGCAGCAGCCACCGGAGCCCAAAGCCGGACCACAGCCCUCCCCAGGCGGCCACGCCAUGGAACACCAGCUCCUGUGCUGCGAAGUGGAGACCAUCCGCCGCGCGUACCCGGACACCAACCUCCUCAACGACCGAGUGCUGCGAGCCAUGCUCAAGACCGAGGAGACUUGCGCGCCCUCCGUGUCUUACUUCAAGUGCGUGCAGAGGGAGAUCGUGCCGUCCAUGAGGAAAAUCGUGGCCACCUGGAUGCUGGAGGUCUGUGAGGAGCAGAAGUGCGAGGAGGAGGUCUUCCCGUUGGCCAUGAACUACCUGGACCGCUUCCUAUCGCUGGAGCCCCUGAAGAAGAGCCGCCUGCAGCUGCUGGGUGCCGCCUGCAUGUUCGUGGCCUCCAAGAUGAAGGAGACCAUUCCUCUGACUGCCGAGAAGUUGUGCAUCUACACCGACAACUCUAUCCAGCCGGAGGAGCUGCUGCAAAUGGAACUGCUUCUGGUGAACAAGCUCAAAUGGAACCUGGCCGCCAUGACUCCUCACGAUUUCAUCGAACACUUCCUCUCCAAAAUGCCAGAGGCUGAUGAGAACAAGCAGAUCAUCCGCAAGCAUGCACAGACCUUUGUGGCCCUCUGUGCCACAGAUGUGAAGUUCAUUUCCAACCCGCCCUCCAUGGUGGCUGCUGGGAGUGUGGUGGCUGCGAUGCAAGGCCUGAACCUGGGCAGCCCCAACAACUUCCUCUCCUGCUACCGCACGACGCACUUUCUUUCCAGAGUAAUCAAGUGUGACCCGGACUGCCUCCGUGCCUGCCAGGAACAGAUUGAAGCCCUUCUGGAGUCCAGCCUGCGCCAGGCCCAACAGAACGUAGACCCCAAGGCUACCGAGGAGGAGGGGGAAGCGGAGGAAGAGGCUGAUCUGGCCUGCACACCCACUGACGUGCGAGACGUGGACAUCUGAGGGCUGCCGGGCAGGCGGGUGCCACCAAGUAGCAGCAGCCCGCGAUGAGGAAGGAGCCAGCCCGGGUGCUCCUGACAGAGUCCCUCUCAGGGACAUUUUUGUCACCAGAAGGGGAAGUUUUGUUCUCUUUGUUGGUUGUUUUUCUUUAAUCUUUCUCCUUUCUGACUUAAGCAAAAGAGAAAAAAAAAUACCUGAAAGCAAGAGAGUGAGAGAGAGAUCUACGAGGAUUCACAUCACCCUAAGUGUAGGGAGGGAGGGGGAUGCUACAAAAAUAGGAUUCUGUACCCCAGUAAUCAGCUAGUUUUCUAUUAAUGUGCUUGUCUGUUCUAAGAAUAGGAUUAACACAGAGAAAGUCUCCGGGAGAAUUUUGUUUUUUGUUGUUUUUAAAUGUGUUUAAAACAAAAACAAAACAAAAAAAAAAAAGACAAGAAAUAUUGCUUUAAAAAAGAUGGGAAAAAAAGCAAACCGUUGUUAAAGUAGAAGAGAGGAUUUUAGGUAGAGAAAUGUACUCUGCUUUGCUGAAAAGGCACAGCUUUGGCACAGCCCUCAGCCUCACUCCCCUGCUUGCUCAGUGCAGUCACCUCUGUUACCUGACCAGGGGCGGUCAGACCUCUUCACCUUAUCAAGGGUCAGUGCGACCUCUAGCGGUCUCAUGGCGUGUGGCACCCCCCCCCCCCCAGGGCUCACCUUUCGUGCCCUCUCCCCUCUCCCGACCUGCAGGUUCACAGAGCACCAGCCACACAGCCUAGGUGUCCCCCUCUAUGCAGUAUGCUCCAGUAGAGAGGGGCUGAUAUAGUGACAUAAUAUAUUCUAUUUUUGUAAUCUUCCUAUUUUGUAGUUCCUGUUUAAAGAGAUGCUGGUUUUUGGCCUGACGGCCCUGCAGCCCGCUCACAUCAGGUUAAACCCACAGCUUUUCUUUCGUCGUCUGUGUGUGUGUGGUCUGUUCUGUUUCAUUGUGUUUUCCUUAUCCGUGUUCCAGAACCAUUCCAUUUUCAAAGCACUUUUGGUCAUCUGGCUGGAGGCAGUGUGGCUGCUGUGUGUGUCUGCGGGGGGCUGGGGGUUCUGAUGGAAUGGUUGGGGGGGUGUCCACACAAUUGUUCAGGUGGCUGCACAACAGGUGUGUGGGGCUGGUGGCAUGGGGUGCUUGAGGAGUUCUGCUGGGUCAGGAAGAGAGCUCUCUUCUCGCACCGCCGGGGUCUGUCCUUACAGAGAAGUUGAGUUGAAAGGAUGCUUUGGUGCCAGGUGGUGUUUGGAAGUAGGGACCGUGGGGCAUUACCUGGACAGAGAGGCGAUUCGGGGCGACACUUAGGGAGGCUUUUAAACACUAAAAUGUCUAAUUUAUACUUAAGGCUACAGAAGAAUAUUUAUUGGGAAGGUCUGCCCAUGGCCAGUGUGACUCCUAAAACAAUGCGACCUUCCUUGGUUCAAGCGCACGCCUUCUGCCCUUGCUGGCGAAGGCUUGGUGCAGUGUCUGAGAGAAUGGUCUUUUAUUGGGGAGAGGAGGGUCUCCAAAACCACACAAAGACAGGGAUUUGGUCUGCUUAACUUUCCCAACGCAAAUGGCCCCAUCGGAGAGCCAUCCAAACUGAGGAAAAGUAGGGGACUCCAAAUGAGUUUGAUCCUGGCACAUUCCUGCUGCCGCCCCCAGGUCAGCACCAGUAGGUAAUUUGCACGCCUUGACUUUGUGCCUUUCUAUUUAGGAAGUGUUGAAGGGAGGUGGAGAGCGGGAGGCUGGAGAGAGGACGUGAGGGAAGAAGUGUGGAGGGUUAGAGACCACACGGGACAGGCUGCGGCCCCUUUCACAUAGCGCUGCUACCGAUGACUCCCAGCAUCCCAGACGUUCAGAACCAGAUUUGCGUCGCUUUGUAUCUUUCACGUUGUUUUCGCUGCUAUUGGAGGGUCAGUUUUGUUUUGUUUUUUUUUAUGAUGUCAUAGAUUGCCAUGUUCAAGUUUUAAUUUCCUCAUAGGAGAGUGUAUUUACAGAUGCCCUUUUUUUUUUGUACCUUUUUUAUUAUUAUUAUUGUGACCAAUUUUGGCUUAAUGUGAUUACCGCUGUAUUCCAAAAAGAAAAAGAAAAAAGAAAAAAAACAAAACAGGUUCGUGUUCAUAAUACCUCAUGUUUCACCUAGCCAUGCAUGGGCCUGGCUGGCAGUCUGCCUCCUGGGAACCCUGACGGGGACCAUCCCCGUGCACCUGUCAUGCUGGGCCCUUCAUUUGAUCUGGGACAUAGCAUCACAGCAGUCGGGGCAACUGUAUUGUUCUUUGUUAGUUAUCAAUAUUGUUAUAUUUGUAGCGGCCUGUUGUGCAUGCCACCGUGCUGCUGGGCCCAGAGGAAUUUGUUCUGAGUCUCUGGUGCAUCAUUUAAUCUGUUAGGUUCUAGUGUUCUGUCUUAUUUCGUGUUAAUUACAGCGUUGUGCUAAUUUAAAGACUUGGCCUUGGCGAAGCCAGCUGCAGUGCUGCAGGCCACCCCCCUCCCCCCAAGUUCCCUAGCAAGCUGCCAAACCAAAAUGGUCACCUCCAUGGUCACCACCAGCCUAGCCGAGGCGUCCAAACCAGGCAGGACCCUUGAGGGCUGCUGUGUCCAUGGUGAUGGGUGAGGGUUUGGCCAAAAGGCCAAAUGCUGUUAGUGGGUCCACAGAGUCUGCCCUGUGACAUGAAAGGCUUUGAGGGGCUCUGGCUGGUGGCCAGGUUGGGCUUUGUGUAUUUCUGGUUGACACACCAUGGCGCUUCCCAGCAUGGACAUGUGACCAGCAUGGUCCAGGAAAAAAAAAGACACAAAAAGUCUAGAAAUAAAAUUGGUAAAAUCCCAA